AUAUUCAUAGGUGUACAUUAUUUUGAAUACAGGCUUGGGCAAUAAUAACCAGUAUAUCGUCACACUUUAUGUUUUAUCAAAGACAAUAAUAAAAGCGCAAACAACAUACUGGGUGCUCUUUAAUUAGAGCCCCAUAAAAAGACCAAACAUAAGAUAUCGUUAUUGCUAAAUAAUAUGUAUCUGUAUCAUUGGACUAUGAACAAUCAAUUUCAAGUAUAUUUAACUAGUUUUGUGUGGAUUAUUCUACUAUCUAACUCUCCUGUCAAUGGCUUUUUAGAGAGAUUACAAACAGCACCUCAGGGUACAUUAGACGUAUUAACGGCAGUAAGAAUCAGCGAACAAGCAUAUGUACAAACUUCACCUGGUCGAUGCCGUCAAGAUUCAAAUGAUUUGGCAACAUCAUCAAAUGUUGCAGAAAAUGUAGCUUAUUCUAUUCCUCGUGGAUUAAGUCUUUACAUAGAAGAUUCAUUUCCUCCAGAUCUGUCUAUUUUAUUUACUAUUCGAUUGGAAUCAAAUUUGGAAAAAGAGUUUUUCACUCUAUAUGAUCGACAUGGACGAAUGAUUUUACGCAUAAUAAUUGGCUCACAUUUGCAAUUAGAAUAUUUAUCAAGAGAAUCACAAUCUAGUCAGCUUUUUGAUGUGCACCCCCGAGAUUUAAAAACACAGUCAGGAAAAACAUUAGAGAAAGCUAUUUUUAAAACUCGUCUAAAUGAUGGCCUAUGGCAUCGUGUAGCUGUCAGUAUUGGUACUACUACAGCAAGAUUACUGGUUGAUUGUAAACAGAGAGAGUUCAUAAAUUAUAAUCGUUCAUCAACAAGUAUUGAUAACAGAGGUCGAAUACAAGUAUUGAAAGACGGCAUUCAUGGUUUUAUUGAAGAUUUUUAUCUUCUACCUGGUGAAGAAGGUGCUAUUAAACAAUGUGAUGUUUAUUCACCUAAUUGUUUGGAUGAUCAAAUGAUGGGAGAUGAAGGAGAUAAAGAUACUGAUCCAAUGCAGGGUCCAGCAGGUUCUAUGGGGGAUAUUGGUCCACCAGGUGACAAAGGUGAACCAGGUUUGAAUGGGUCAUCCGUAGCUGCUGGUGAACCUGGUCCUCCUGGUCCUAUGGGUUCGCUAUUCAUCAUUCCUCUCAAUCUAGGCGUUGGUAGUAGUAGUUUUGCACGGGCAGCUACAUUUCGGGACUUGCUUCAAAAACAUUUGCUUUCCUUAAAAGGUGUACGUGGAGCUAGAGGAAUGACUGGUAUUACUGGUCCAGAAGGAGGUCCUGGUGAACCUGGUGUUAAAGGGGAAGUUGGGCACCCAGGUGAUACAGGAUACCAAGGACCUCGUGGACCAAUGGGACCGCCUGGACGCCAAGGUUCAAGUGGACCACCGGGAUUAGAUGGUAGUCGUGGAGAACCUGGUCCAUCAGGAAUGAAAGGGGAAGAUGGACGCCCUGGUGAUUCUGGACUUAUAGGCCUUAAAGGAGAUAAAGGUGAAUUAGGGCCUCCUGGUCCCAAAGGUGAUCAAGGUCUUCCAGGUGAAGAGGGACCACGUGGACCUCACGGAGAUAUCGGGGAUCAAGGAGACCCAGGUUUGCCUGGAGUGCGUGGUCCUGUUGGUCAGCCGGGUCCGCAGGGUCCGAGAGGAAAACCUGGAAAUCAGGGUCCACGAGGACGUAAGGGUGAACUUGGAGAACCUGGUCUUCCAGGUUUACCAGGGCCAGCAGGCCCCAUAGGAACAUCUGGACCAGAAGGUAUGGCUGGUCCGCGAGGUCCAACAGGUGUCGCUGGUCAGCGGGGACGCUCUGGUCCUUCGGGAGUUCCAGGAACUGAUGGUCUUCCAGGAUUUCCAGGUCCCAAGGGAGAUGUAGGGCCUAAAGGAGAUACAGGUCCGAAUGGAUCAAAAGGUGAUACAGGUAUUCAAGGACCAAGAGGUUAUAAAGGUGAACGGGGUCGAUCCGGUCCGGAAGGUGCAAAAGGGGAGAGUGGAAAACCAGGGCCUGUAGGAGUGCCUGGAGAUCCAGGUCCAAAAGGAGUGAAGGGAGACGUUGGAAUAUCUGGCCCCGUUGGAUCGCCAGGGGUUACAGGUAUGAAAGGUGACCCAGGUCCACCUGGUCCAGUUGGACAAAGAGGAGACCCCGGGACCAAAGGUUUACCGGGUGCUGUCGGUACUCCAGGUCCACCUGGUCCAGAUGGGGAAAGAGGUCCACCAGGUUUAACUGGGAGGCGAGGGCGAGGUGGUGACAAGGGAGACAUAGGACCUCCAGGUUCACCGGGUGAAACGGGGCAGCAAGGGCAGAGAGGGGCUCCUGGGCCACGAGGUCCACCAGGAAGAUUUGGCCCACCGGGAAUGAAAGGAGAUGCUGGUCCGGUUGGCCCAGUUGGAUCGGUCGGACCGAUUGGUGAACAAGGUCUUCAAGGUCCCGUCGGACCUCCUGGACCAAUAGGACCACCAGGUUCAACUGGAAGAGAAGGACCUGUUGGAUUUCCUGGACCACGAGGAGAACCAGGUGAACGUGGACCAGCAGGACAACCUGGUAGUCUUGGGAACACUGGACCACCGGGUCCUAUAGGUGAUCCAGGACCUGAAGGACAACAAGGUCCAGUUGGACCAACAGGUCCAACUGGAGAUCCUGGAAAGGAUGGUAUGCCAGGUCGUGAUGGUCAACCUGGUCCUAAAGGUGUAAGAGGUUCACCGGGAGUACUUGGUAAUCAAGGAGUUCGAGGAUUCCCAGGAUUCGAUGGUAUGCCAGGUCGACCUGGACCAGCUGGUGUGAAAGGUGAACUAGGACCUGAUGGAGAAGUGGGACCUAUUGGAGAUAAAGGCUACCAAGGCGAUCCUGGUAUUAUCGGACCAAUCGGACCAACAGGUCCGAUGGGAGCAAGAGGGCCACCAGGUCCAGCUGGAGUCAAAGGUUUAACCGGUGAAGAUGGUCCUUUAGGAUUGAUAGGAUCUCCUGGACCAAGAGGACCACCUGGUCGAUUAGGUCCUAUUGGACCAUUUGGGCCCCCUGGUUUUGAUGGUGAAAAGGGUGAUAAGGGUGCAUCAGGACCACCAGGACCAAAAGGAGAUAAAGGAGGCGUGGGUAUACGUGGACCUUUUGGACCAGUUGGGAGCCCUGGAUUACCUGGAAUACAAAGCUUGGUAAUUCAAUUUCGCCUUUUAAUAUUUACAAAUUUUGUACAAAACAAAAACGGGAACAACCACUUAAGGUAACUGCAAGAACUGUAUAGCUUUUAUAGGUAUUAUCAAAUAGGUUAAUAGGAUUCAACUGGCGACAAUGUAGAAAUCUGAAGACUAACCUACUUUGAGAUAAACCGGACACUGUAAUGAAAAUUCCCAAUUCAUCCAGAACAAUCUGAUCAUACAUUUACCUUUUAAGAAAAUUGAUAUAAAAGGGGAUAAAAUUAAAAUUAAUCAACCAAUAGUUAUAACAGGGGCAAAUAUAUGGAAGAUAAAGUAUAAAAAAGAAUGAAUGAUAACCUCCAUCAAGAUUUCUGAGACAAAAAUUGGAUUACAGAUUACCAUAGCCGGUUAAGGAUGGGGAUGAGCCAUAUUUUACAUAUGAAGACGGGUUGGGUUUCUUUAUUCUCAGGAAAAAACAGCUAAAGAUCUAUCCUAGACAGUUUCUUCUUUAUAUUUGAUAUCUGUUUUAAGGUCAGUGUUAUGACAAACUUCAACCAUGAUGAUGAGCAUAGAGGAAGAUAAAUGUCUACACUGUGUGCUUAUUAUGAAUUACAACUCUAAAUAAACCCACAGUUGUUUCUUCAAACAUCCCGUCACUUUCAACUACAUAGCUUCCAAAAGACACUAAAUAACUCUUCCCUAUGUGCCACUUCACACACAUGUGAUCUGUAAUGGCAUGAUACGUAACCAAGUCCAAGUGGAACUGUAGGACUUUUUCGUACAGAAAUGGAAAGCUUGAUUUCCUAGUGCAUCUUUCUACAUGUGUUUUCACUGUACAGUUUAAAAGAAUAAACUAUGAGACUAGGGUAUUCAUGGUAACGUGAUGUAACGAAAGGAAUUGUAAAAUAUAAGUAAGGGCUUUGACAUCAGUAGUAUCCACAAUGCAAACCUUUUGGGAUUUUUUAACAAGGCAUCCUACUAUAUAUAUAACUUAUUAGAAUGAUUUUUCUUGAUUUUAGAUUAUUGGUUUGACCAGUAGAGAAGUUACAUAGCUUUCAAAUGCUACUCUGAUAAAAAUUUGUAUUGACCUGCCCUUACUGUUUAAUCAAAAACCCUCAUUAGGCUGAUUCGAUUUUCGAAUCUUUACUUAUGAAAUUUCUGAAUACUAAUUAACGAAGGAACUUUUAAAACCUCACUAUUUAUCCAUAAUAUAUUCAUUUUAUUUUAUUCAGGGGCCACCAGGACUCCCUGGACAAGCCGGUGAGGAAGGACCUGAAGGAUUGGUUGGUCCAGAAGGAUCUAGGGGAUUGCCAGGAGCACCAGGUGCACCUGGAAUGGUAGGUGUCACAGGUCUACCAGGAAUAGCAGGAGAAAAAGGAGACCAAGGAUCACAAGGUCCUAUUGGUCGACGCGGUUUACCCGGGACAGUUGGAGUCCCUGGCCCGGCUGGCCAACCUGGAAGUGUUGGCGCACCUGGUCCUGUCGGGCAACAGGGCGAAAGAGGGACUCAGGGAGAAGAUGGACCACCAGGACCUCGAGGUGUUGAAGGAAGUCCUGGAAUACAGGGACCACUAGGACCAAAAGGUCAAGAAGGUCCUCGCGGGCCACAAGGAGUACCUGGUGAUAUAGGGAUCCCAGGACCUGAUGGACCAAAAGGAGAGUUGGGUCCUUUAGGAAUACCUGGACCUCAAGGACCAACAGGACCUCCUGGACCAAAAGGUGUUCAAGGAUCAGUUGGAGAGGAUGGGCCUCCCGGACCACAAGGUCCUCUUGGAAAACAAGGUUUAAGAGGUCUACCUGGACCUCUAGGACCACCCGGACCUCCUGGUAUGACCGGUCCCCAAGGACGUACUGGACCUCAGGGUCCUAAAGGUAUGAAAGGCGAAACAGGUGAACAAGGAGUACCUGGUGAACCAGGACGCACUGGGCCUGUAGGAUCCCCCGGACCCCCAGGAUCUUUGGGCAGUCCUGGCCAGCAAGGUGUACCAGUAAGUAGUAAUUCAUUUUACUUAUUAUAUCCAUUAUGUAUUGAUUAUUUCUGUACGAAAAGCAUAGAGAAGAUGCGUGAUGGUUGAUAACUACUUAUGAUAUUAAAAUUUUAAGAAAUAACCUUCCAAUGAAAAUUUCAUGAAAGCUAUCUAGUUAUCUAAGAAUCAUCGCCUAAAAUUCGUGGAUUCAAAUAACUUUUGUAAUUAGUGCUGACCAAAAGAAGUAAUUCUAACUGAUAUUGUGAGUAGAACUCCUCGCUUUUGCUUUUUCUAGUUCUAGUCCUAAAUCGUAAUAUAUUCUGAGAUAUCCAGCAAGCCAUUAUAUCUGAGGUCACUUAGCUUUUCCGUUUCUGAGUAUAUAGUGUUUACUCAGUGUUUGCUCAAUUAAUAAAUUUCGUUAAGUUAUUUUACACGAUAUUAGUUACUUACCUAAUAACAGAACGAUAAAUGGAGAUGGAUGGUGGCUAGCAGUAGAAUUCACGACGCACGUUUAGUUCCAGUUGGGACUCGUCAGCUGGAUGUACCUUCAUCCCAGAGUUAAUGUUCACUCCUGGACUUUAACCCUGUACCGUUCACUGACGAGUCCUAAAUAGGACGAAACGCGCAUCCCGCAUUCCACUGUUAGUUACCAUCCAUCUUUGCUUAUAAUUACAGCACUCUAUUUACAAAUAGAUAUAAUCUUAACCUAAAGAGAAAUAAGAUAGUUAAGAAAUACUUGAGUGAUCACC